AGAAGAAAGCUGUUCCUUGGAAACAAGGGACGCCUGUGUGGUCGCUAUGUACGAAGUAAAGCAAAGUACGGUCAGAAGUUGGCAACAUUAUGAGCUGUUUUUAUGUUUCCUAAUGGAUGUGAGGUUGUAUAGGUUAUAAAUGACCUCUAAAUGAACCUGAGACACUUUUUAGCACCGUGUGGAGUUAACGUUAGCUAGCAAACACGGGUUUAGCCUCUAGCCAGCAAGCUAACGUUACUGUCUCCAGGGCGGGAUGAAACAGUCCCACUCUGGGAUUGCUACUGUCCACACAGCGUGUACUAUCAUGUAUCAAUCAAUAUCAAGUGUAUUAAGUAAAAGUUAGCCAGAUAGCGUAAGGAAGAGCGUCAGUUUAAAGAUGUGGAAACGAGGCGGUCGAAGCUCCGCUCUGGACCGGGCUCAGGCACUGCUGUCCGCCAAGAGGACCAGCGGAGGGGGCGCUGAGUCCGUGCCGGAGCCUGCAGCCACAACACGGGGACAUGCGGGUGCUGUGGGUGGGUCUGUGAAAACCAGGUCUGCUCCCCCAAAUACACACACUUUAAUCUCAGAUCUGAGUGACCUGUCCUCAGUCAGCUCUGCCCCUGAGCAUGGAGCGGACGCCGCGGGCUCUGCUGCUGCUGGGAAGACCCGGGGGGAUUCUACUGAGGAUCUCAGACCUCAGAGCUCCCUGGGUGGAGGACGGAGCAGGUUCUUGAAGAAGGCUCCACCACCUGCAAUCAACAGCAGCUACUCGCCUGUCAGCAAGAGCCAAAUGCAGCAGGAGCCUGAACCCAGGUAUGUGUCAUCUUCCCAGCGAGGCUCCCAGAAUGCUGCUUUGAGUAGACUGGCUCAAAUUGAGAGCCGCAUCCGCAGCCGCAAGCAGGCCGGACAGGGGCUAAAACCGGCUGAGAAUCAAACCUCAGACAUGGGGAUUCCACCACCGCCGGCAGCCCAGUCCCUGGAGGCCUCUGUGCAGCUCUCAGCAGCUCAGUCCAGCAGUGACCAGAGCCUGAAGGGGAAAGUUUUCCCCAAGAAUAACACAACAAAGGCUGUGAAUAAUAGUAAUGCUGCUGCUGCUGCUGCUAGGUCCCAUCAAGGCCCAGAUGUUGGUGUUAGGUCCAGGUCCAGAGCUGCUGAUGCUGUAGUCCCUUCGGCAGGUUCGGAGACAAAGUCAGUGAGAGUAGUGAGUGGUGUGAGUCUGGAAAGUGAUGAAGAGGACAUGAGGAAACUGCUUGGAGAGUCAUUGGAUUCAAUAGACAACAGCUUCUUAAUACCUGGGAGACCAGCGGACAAGAUGUUGAGCAAAAGCCAUUGGAAGGUCCACGCCACACCUUCUCCCGCCGCUGUCCCUCCCUCAUCAUCCUCCAAUACAGCUCCACCCCGCUCCCCUGCCUCUCCUUCUCACCGCAGCUCUCCUUUUCGAUUCACCGGUCAGGCUCAGGCUCACUUCAGCCCCUCUGUGCUCUCCCCGUCCCCCUCUCCUCCCCGUGUCUCCCCUUCCCCUCUGGGGAGACUGCACUCCCCUCACAGGGCGCAGAGUCCACCGCGGUCCCUCUCCUCUAUGUCAGGCCGCAGUGAGGUGCUCUCUCUGGAGGAGCUCUUCCCUGUUGGGCCUGGCUCUGAAGACCCCCACAGUGAGAGGAGCACAGUGUCCUCUGAAGACUUCAAGAUAAAUGUGAUGACAUUAGACGACCUUGGAUUUACAGAGGAAACACCUGUAAAGGAGAGAGGAGUCAGCGCCCCUGUUCCUGGACCCCCAAACAGACAUCAGCUGCCAAGAUUGAAGGAGAAAGAGGAGGAACAGCAGCUGAAGGAGGAGGACCUGCUGGACUACCAAAGUGACUUUGAGAGCGAGAGCAGGACAGAGCCAAAUUACAGCACCAGCCAGGUUUCAGAGGACUUGCAAGGACAUGGAGAUGGAGAGGAGGAGGUGUCGGAAGUCAGAGAGCAGGCUUCUGAUUUAGACGUGUCCCGUGGGAGGACAGAAGAUGAUUACUCGAGCGCUUUCUCAGACACAGGACGCUCCUACACCUCACAGACUUCAGAUCACAGCCAAACACUCAGCAGAAACAGGGGCUCCAGAUCCUCCAGAUCCUCGGUCUCACAUGGCAGCCGGACCUCAUCUCACCAGUCGAGGAGGCGUGCUUCAACUAGAAAGGUUUUAAAAGAGGCAGCAGUACAGACUCAGUCUAAUCCACUGGUUCACACAUGGCCCGGUAUGGCUCCUGUGGGUCCAGCAGUGGGUAUGACCUACCUGGAUCCCUCCCCAGUGCUCACUCAUACUCUCAGUGCAGAAAUGGUGGAAGCUCUCAGCACCUUCAACCCAGCUGUAUUUGCACUCAAUGAACUGCUGAAGCAGCAACUCGCCAUGACGAGGCGGUUCAUUGAAAGCAGCCGCCAUCUUCAUUCCAGCCUGGUAAAGAGCCUGGAACCACCAAACUACAGAUACACCACGCUGGAGGACACCAAGGAGUACAUUCGCAAGCACAGAGCUCCCAAACUGACAAUGGAGGAAGCCUUAGAGGAGGCGCUGCAGGAGCAAAGACUACCGACACAGACCACUGAUUGUCCUCCAUUACUGAACCAGCCACGUGCUUAUUAAAAUAUGUCAUUAUUUUUAUAUUGUGGUUGUUGUUUAUCAAUUGAAUGUACGCCAUGUUGAUUUGAAUGCUUUUGUAAAAGUGUAAACAUGACAUACCUUCAGUUUAAACGAACAAUAUGUAAUAACUGACGCUGCAGAGGUCUCUCACAUCAAUAACAAAAGACUACGUUUGAUGACGUUGUGGGAAGCAGCGUGGGAUCAUGGGAGUUGUUGUCUUACCAACACUAUUGUCACUGCAGUCAGCUUCUCCUGGUUAGAAAUCCUUCAGUGUUCAUUGUGACGGAGCCAGAUUAUCAACAGAGGUCUCCUCCGCUCCCAAAAAAGGACCUGCUGACAAGAACUGGUAAAAACACUAAAUAAAGCAGUUCCACCUUAAGAAUCAGUGUUUCUCUGAUGCUGUUUGGUGGACAAAGGGUGUUAGUUCAGCUUGUUUCUCUGAUAACUUAAGAUCCAAACGUCUGAUGACUGAAGAAGAAUCAUAAAAAUGUGGCCUGAAACUGGAUAAAAAGUCAAUUUAUGACAGACAGCCACAACACAUACGCAAAGAGGCUUGACAGGUGACCAGUGAAACGCAGCAUUACCUGAAUAAAAUGACUACUGAAUUUGGGAUAAUGGUACACAACUUAACUACAUAUAGAACAUAUAACUACAUAUAUGGUGUUUAUAGACAUUUUAAUGUGGAAAUGUUGCAUAUUAUAGUUUUAGGAUUAAAAAAAUGACGGUGUGUGAAUUGGAUGGUUUUGUACCUUCAUUGUGUGAUUUGACUGAGACGCCCUCAUCCUUGCUGAAACAGUAUAAAGCACCAACACUGUCACUUGAACUAAUGACUGAAUGAAACUGUAUGUCGUGACUGUUGGUUGUAAUGCACCACUUAAUAAUUAUAUUUCUGUGUAGUUUCUGAAACUGUCUUUGAAAUCAACUUCUGCAUCACAGUAUAAAAGAUCUAGUGUUUAUCUCUA